AUGGCCAAAGCAGCGAAGGCCUUCGUCGACGAGACCCUGAGCGAGAACCCGGUGGUGAUAUUCUCCAAGAGCUACUGCCCCUUCUGCAAGAAGGCCAAGCAGAUCUUCGACGGGCUUGGCGUCUCCUACGAGGCCGUGGAGCUGGACAGCCGGAAGGACGGCACCGACAUCCAGAAGGUGCUCACCGACAUGACCGGCGCCAGCACGGUGCCCAGGGUGUUCGUCAAGAAGGAGUGCCUCGGUGGUGCCUCGGACCUCGAGGACAUGAAUCGCAACAACAAGCUCAAGCCGCUGCUCAAGUCCCACGGGCUGCUCAAGUAA